AUGUAGACUGAAAUUAAAAUAAUAUCGCAGCCUCCAAAAAAAAGCGCAAAAGAAAUAUAUUUGGAAUUCAAAAAGUGGUUAUAGAAAAAUGAUAUUAAUUUGAACAUUUAUUGUAUUAAGUUUAAACCAGACAUUAAAGAUGAUAAUGUAGAAAAUUAAAUAAAGAGGUCUCAAUUUUGGAACUCAAAAAUAUAAUCUUCUAUCUCAGAAAAUUCCUUAUUUCAAUUAAUCUAAAAAAUUGAACCUAAACUAUUAAAUGAAUCUAAAUUCAUUCUAGGUAAAUAAUUAGAUUAUUGUGAAAUGAUUGAUGACAUUCUUAUUAAAACUUAAGAAGAGUUAUUUGGUGUUCCAAAAUGGCAUCCAACUAUAAGAACUUAAUCUAAUUAAUAAAUGUCACAGGCAAGUACAUAAUGUUAUGUAUAUUUUUAUGGAUAAGAUAUAUAAAAACUCAAAUAUUAUGAAGAUGAAAAAAACUAAAAACAGAUAACUCUCUUUGGAAAAUAAUGUACUUUUAAAGGAUCAUCAUGGAAAAAAGAUAUACAAAUUUCAAAAGAAAAUUAUGUAUCUAUUCCAGGAACAGAAUGCUCUUUUGGAAUUUUAAAUAAUAAAAAAUUUUAUUAAUAUUGGUCAACAUUAUAAGUUGUUAAAUAUUACUAAGAGAAUUCUAUAUUAUUAUAAGAUAUUAAUUUAGAACUUUAGAAUACUCAAGUAAGUGUCUAUUUUAGUUUACAAAUUGAUACAUCUAGAAGAAUAAAUUGUUUAAUUUAAUUUUAAACCAGAAAAGAUGGGAAUGUUAAAGAAAUAGAAUACAAUAAAACUUACUCUAAUGGAGGUAUUAUUGUUGACAUAUCAAAAGAUGGAACUCAAAUUCAUUUUUAUGUUAAAAUAGUUGAAACACCUAGAUGUUAUAUUUAAGAAAAUUAUGAUUUUGAUAAAUACUAAAAUUAAAGGGAUAUCAAAUAUUGGAGAUGUUAAAACUUUUUGUAAAAUGAUAUCUUUAAUAUUGUAUAAUAAGGAAUAAUAAGAUAAUAAUCUUAUUUAAAAUUCACAGUAAAUCAUAAUUAAACCACAAAUGAAAACUUUUAUAAUUUUUGUCAGGAAAUAGAAAAUCAAGGAUAUUUAGAAAAGUUUGUGGCAGAUUAACAUAUUUAAUAAAAAAGAAUUUCAGAAUUUUAAUAAAUUGAGUAUAUUUUCUAAGUUAAACUUUGUUUAAAUUGGAUGUUAUUAUCAGCUGCUUAUGGUCGAUUCAAAAUCAUUUAACCUAAUUAAAAUUUUUAAAAUUUCAUAGAUUAAGUAAAAGAGUUUUCUCCAUUAACUAUUGCAUAUUAAAUAAAAUUAUUAAAAUAGAGGAAAUAAGAAAAAAAAGAUAAAGACACUUUCUAAAUCGAUAAGUUUUUAGAUAUGUAAAAAUUUAUUCUUAUUAUUAGUGUUAAAACUAAUGCAUAAAGACAUAAUGAUGAUAAGUUAGAUGAAAUUCUUUUAGCAGAUUUUACACCUUCUGGCAUACUUCCUAAUUAUUCAUUAUAUGAAAUACUUCCAUUAUAAGAUUUAGAGAUUUGUUCCAAAAAGUAGGUUAAAGGUAAAGCAUAAUACAAAUAAAACAGUCUUCAAGAAGAAAUAAUCAAAAUUAGGGUGAGAGAUGAAAACUUUGAAAUUUUAAGAUAAAAAUAGUUUGAUAAAUAGAAAUAAAAAUAGAUUUUAUUUUCAGGCUAUUUUCGAGAGUUAUUUAAAGAAAAUAUUAAGAUUCUUGAUAGAAAUUAUACUUUUUUUGCUUAUGAUAGUAGAGCUCUUAGAAAAGGAGAAUUCUAUGCUAUAAAUUAAAUUUAUUUCUAAACUACAUAUCAAUAUAUGUUUUAAUAAUUAAUGAAAUCAUAUAAAAAUAACUAAAGAAUAGUAAAAUGUUCUUAGAUUUAAAAAAUAUUUAAUGAGCAUUUAAAUUCAAUUUAUUCAUCAGUUUCAUUAAGUUAAAUAUAAGAUAAAUUAUUAGAGAUAAGAUUUGAGUAAGAUUUUUAGAAAAAUUACUUACCAUAAGGAUAACUACUUUAUAUAAAAGCAGAUACUAAAUAAAUGAAUAGAAAAAGGAAUUCAUAAAACAAUUUCAAUUAUAAAAUAUUGAUGCCUUAAGGAAAAGCCUCAAGUGAUGUAAUAAAACUGAUAAAUGAAAUAGCAUUUGAAGGAUAAAAUACAGAUUUUUGUUGUUUUAUAAUACGUUAUCAAAAUUUUAAAGGAAUUAUAACAAAUAUGGCUAAUUAAAAUAAACAUGGGUUAAUAAGAUUGUAUGAAAAUAUGAUCUAAAAGCAUUCUCCAGCUAAUGAAUAACUGGAAUUAUUAAAUAAAAAAAUAUGGGUAGAAAAAAAGAAACUUGAUGAAAUAUAGAUAUUGGGAAUACCUGAUUUUAAACCUUGUGUAUUGAGGUUAUUUUAGAUUUUAAACAUUAUAAAUCUUGAUAAUCCAGGAGGAUAAAUAUUCGAAAAAUUUUAGAAAUAAUAUUAAAAAUUAAAACAAUAAAAAUUUAUUAAUUAAAAUGAUCCUAAUUAUGAUCCUUUUUAUUAAAAAGUUUUAAAAAAAUACGAGAGAAAAUAGGAAUUUUUGUUACCUGUUAAAAAGGGCGCUUAUUUAAUGGGUGUGUAUGAUAAAUUAUUGAAUCCUGAUGAAGUUUUUAUUAAUGUUUAAGGUGAGAAUGAGAAAAAUUGUCAAGUUGUAAAAGAUAAUCAUAUCAUGAUAUUUAAAAAGAAUUAUUUGAUAGAAGAUGGAAUCUGUGUAUUUUAGAAUACAAGUUAAGAAAAUUAAGAAAAAUUGAAAAAGCUUUAUAAAAAUGUUAUCGUAUUUUCUGUUCAUAUGUUAGGAGAAAAGUUUCCAUAAGAUGAAUUUGAUGAUAAAUAAAAAUUUGUAGCUAUUUGGGACCAAAGUUUAAUACCAAAUGUAGGAAUAACUUAAUUUGAUGGUAGAAAUCACUGCAGAAGUUUCAAAAAUAAUAAUAAAGAAUAAGAUUCAAAUAUAUAAAGUUCUAUUAAUUAAAGUUUUGACGAAAAAGAUUGGAUUUCAGGUUUACAAGAAUAAGCUAUUGAUUUUUUUUGUAUUUUUCAAUAGUCAUGCAAUUUUAACGAACUUAAAAAUAUUUACACUAAAGUUUUGUUGAAAUAUAAAUUAUAUCAAGGUGAUAAAAAUUUUUCAUAAAUUUUUGAUAAAAUAAAAAACUAAAUAAAAAUUAUAAAUUUAAUAGGAAUGAAAUUCCCAAGCACCUAAGCUUAAAAAACAAAUGUAAUAUAUUUUAAUUAAAAUAGUAUUGUGAGAUCUUAGGAUGUUUGAAAAGUGUUCAUAAAGAUAUCAUAAACGCAGAUCUAGCUAUUGAAUAAUAUUUUCUAAAAUGA